AUGGAAGCCCUGUCACGCCGCGAGGAGGAGGAGAUUGAGACCGCCGCCAAGACCGAGGCGCUGAAGCUGUGCGAUGAUAACGUCCGAGGUGAGCUUUUCGGCAGUAAACGCAUUGACGAGCUCAAGCUCGAGUACAUCGCCCAACGCUCCGAGAAGGGCAAGCAGGCUGUCGAGGCGCUCCUCGCCGCGCGGAGGGAGAAGCUCCUCAAGAUGGCCGGCCUGAAGGAGGUGCCCGUUCUUCAGGAGCAGAAGAGCGAGAAGAUGGUCUAA